UGUGGCCAACAGAGCAUUAAACUACUGCGACACGACAUUGACGUCAUGCGUUGUCUCUUUGCACUGCUUCUGUGAGUGUCUGCGUCUGCUGCAGCCUUCAUGUGUUCACAGAAGGUCAAAGGUCAGGUGGAGGAUCGCGGUCAGUGGGCCAGUAAAGCGGAGUUUCUGCUGGCUGUUGCUGGACAGAUCAUCGGUCUGGGUAACGUGUGGCGAUUCCCAUAUCUGUGUUACAAGAACGGAGGAGGUGUGUUUUUCGUGCCGUAUAUGUUAUUCCUGGUGGUGUGUGGCGUUCCUCUCUUCCUGCUGGAGACGGCCCUGGGUCAGUUCACCAGACUGGGAGGAGUCGGCGCCUGGAUGAAAAUCUGCCCGCUGUUUGCAGGUCUGGGUUUGGCCAGUCAGAUGAUGAUCUUACACAGCUGUGUGUAUUAUAUUGUUAUUCUGGCCUGGGCUCUUUUCUACCUGUGCAGCAGCUUCCAGACACGGCUUCCCUGGUCACACUGCAACAACACCUGGAACACAGACUCCUGCGUGGGGUUUGAUGGACAUAACAUGAGUGAUCUCUCUGAAAACGCCACGUCUCCGGUCAUUGAGUUUUGGGAGCGUGAAGUGUUGGAUCUGUCUACUCGUGUGGAUCGUCUGGGCUCGGUGAACUGGCGUCUGGCCCUGUGUCUGCUGCUCGUGUGGAUCGUCUGCUAUUUCUGUGUCUGGAAAGGAGUCAAAUCCACCGGCAAGGUUGUGUAUGUCACAGCCACUUUCCCGUACGUGAUGCUGCUGGUGUUGUUGGUUCGUGGCGUUUCUCUCACCGGCGCUGUGGACGGGAUCGUUUAUUACCUGAAACCCAAUCACACGCGGCUGAUGGACCCACAGGUGUGGAUGGACGCUGGGACUCAGAUCUUCUUCUCAUAUGGCAUUUGUCUGGGAAGUCUUACGGCUCUUGGCAGCUACAACAAAUUCAACAACGACUGUUACAAGGACUGCUUCAGACUGUGUCUCCUCAACAGCAGCACCAGCUUCAUCGCAGGAUUCGCCAUCUUCUCCGUGCUCGGCUUCAUGGCACAGGAGCAGGGUGUGGGUAUCGCAGACGUGGCACAGUCCGGUCCUGGUCUGGCGUUCAUAGCGUAUCCGCGGGCCGUGUCCAUGAUGCCUGUGCCGCAGCUGUGGGCCGUGUGUUUCUUCCUCAUGAUCUUGAUGCUGGGUUUGGACACUCAGUUCGUGAGUCUGGAGGCGUUGAUGAUGUCCGUGUCGGAUCUGUAUCCCUCGCUCAUCCGCAGAGGUCACCGGCGUGAGAUUCUGCUGCUGCUCGUCUCCUCCGUCUGCUUCCUGAUCGGACUUCUGAUGGUGUCGCCGGGAGGCCUGUAUGUGUUUCAGAUCUAUGAUCAUUUCUCCUGCAGUGGAGCCAGUCUGCUGCUGCUGUCCGUCUGUCAGUCUGUAGCCAUCGGAUGGAUCUACGGUGCGGAUCGUUUCAUUAACGACAUCAAGGUGAUGAUCGGUUACGAGCCGCUCUGCAGCUUCCGGCUGUGCUGGCGUUACCUGACGCCCGCCGUCUGCAUGGGCACGUUCGGCUUCUCUCUCAUCUUCUGGUCUCCGCUGACCCUCUCUAACGGCGUGACAGCCCCCGGAUGGGCCACAGCGAUGGGCUGGACGCUGACGCUGUCCUCCGUGUCUCUCCUGCCGCUCUGGGCCGUCUACAGACUCACAAACACACCUGGAACCCUGCAACAGCGUCUGCAUCUGCUGUGCCGCCCAGCGCUGGACUCACCGCUGACAGACGAGCACCUUUCUGCGUUUGACCUUUGACCUCGGCAUAAAGAAGCCCAAAGAGCCACUUAAGGACAUGCUGUAAUGGAGUGAAACUGAACAGAUCUGAUCUAAAGAGUCCAGCGUUCGCUCGGAUACCAGACUGUACUUGCCUCGAAGUCAACUGUCCAUAUCCAGUGGGAAUGAACCAGCGCCACACUUCUUUUUUUUUAACACAACAGAGGAUAUUUUUCUUAAAAAUUGGUUGUGUUUUUGUUUUUCAAUUAAAAAAAUGUGAUUGUUUUAUUAUGCACACUAAGCAGUAGUAGUUUUCCCUUCUGAAGAUGGUCUAUUAGUUAGGUGAGGUGCAGUGGUUUGUUUUCAGAUUCACGUCACACAUUACUGAUGCUGGUUAUGAUACGCUAGUCAGAGUGAGUCAGCUCAGGAUGUGAUGACUGCUCUCAGUGUUUGCUCUUAUUGUAAUAGUUUGUAUUUUCAAUUUUCAAUUUUUGUAUUGAAAAUAGACCAAUGUUCCUCAAAGAAUUUGAUCAAUGUGAUCAAAUGAAUGUCACAAUGACAUUGUUUUUAUGAUAAUUAGGCAGGUUUUCCUCCAAAAAUAUGAAUGCAAAAUAUUUGUUAAAUUAUCUUCACUGAAGUGCAUUUACUUAGCUUUUUUGGUCAUUUAUUUAUUUAUUUAUUUAUUUGUUUGUUUGUUUGUUUGUUUGUUUGUUUGUUUGUUUGUUUGUUGUUGAUUUUUGAUAUUUUUGAUAAUUCAAACUUUUUAGUUUGUUGUUUUUUGCAGUUCUCAU